AUGUCGUUCCUCUUCAGCCGCCGUCGCUCUCAGUCGGACGCAGCACCCCCGCACCAUGAAACGCAGAGACCCUCACUUGCGCAUCGCCGGAUCCCAUCUGGUCGCCAUGUAGACGAUCAUUCCGAGAGAGGCCUCCGAGGCCUUUUACGAAGACACAGUGGGAGUGUGUCACCGCUGGAUAUACCUGCGCAUGAUCACAUACAGAAAGGUGCACCGCCUGUCCCGACGCCGGCUAGUAACCAGCGCCCCCCUGGCAAAGAGUCCGCCCGGAGCCCUCGGAGCCCUCGCCCGGACGAGACUCCCACAGCUGGAGAGCAUUGCGAGCCAAAACAGCCCGGAAACAUACAAGACUUUCUCGAGAACAGACUAGACACGGCGAGCAAGCCGCACGAUAGCGCAUUUAGCAAAGCGCCCAGUCCGUCGGAUCGUGGCACGCUCACAAAGAACGAAGUCAAGGCGCUGCUAUCAGGGGCGCCUCACUUUCUUCUCGAAAGAGGCAAACAUAAGCGAUUUUAUCCCCAGGUGAUUUUCCCUUGGGACGAACAAAACGCGGUGGUCCAACACAUGUGGGAUCGCAAGCCACUACCACAUGCAUCCUUUACACUCAGUACACUUCACGCUCAUCUACCGGUCCCGGAUGACUGGGUCGUCAAAGGGGGUGUUCCAAUCCAGGCAUACGACUGGCGCCGGACAGAUGCUACGAACAGAGCUACAUUCGACAUUGGUAUCUUCGAAGUGCCCAACAUGCUAUCUAAUAAUGGGAAGGAGCCCGGUACUGUAGGGUUUCGACAUUUCCUCGAGUUACCUGUAUCUGAUGCUGUGCGAUUCACCGGACCCGAAGAGCCCAAAAGGCCCGAGUAUAUGCGUCAGAUAUCUACUAUGGGCGCCACCGAAGCAUUUGAACUAAUGGAAGGCUACAACAAACCCUAUUCCCAGUGCCAGAGCGGCGCAGUGUUCGAUCGACACCGACUGAUCUCCGAGGGACCUGAAGCCUGGAAGCGCAUUGGCGUACGAGACAUCAAUCUUCGAUCUCUCGUGCAAAGACUGGAACAUCUGCGUCAGUUCCGGGAAGACAUGCUUCGUGAAGGAUCAACGAAAACAAUCCUAGACAUCGAGAGCCCCCGCCAGCUUCACGACUCUUUACACACACGCUUCCUCCACCCACACCCUCCGCCCGCCGACAUUCUCGCAGGUCAUCCCGAAAGCAUCAAAUCGCAAAUCAAGACGCUGGCAGUCGUGCUGGCCACACCAGGCGCAUGGAUCAAUUUCAGUCUACCUGAAUGGCGGUUCCGGGCCGGGCAGGUUCUCUGGGAGGCCUCGCAGCAUGGCGAUGGGGAUUGUCUCACGCCCACGUCAGGAACCAAGACAGGAACCGGCGAGGGAUUGAGUGAGAGCCUCAUCAAGUCUGGGAUGGAGCGGAAGUGGCUUCUGAUUCAACUGCUGCUUUCCGCGGAACUGCUUCUUCGCUUGGAUGCGUUUGUGCGAGUCGAUAUGCUGCAUGAUCCGCACGGUGGCAACAUCACUGUCCAGGAGCUCCGACAAUUCGAGAAAUUGCGAGAAGGGAAGGUGAAUUGGGAUCUGGUUGUUGUGCGACGGUUCCUGAAUAGUCUUGAUAUCUCUUGUCCGUCACCACCAACACCGGACAGCGCCCGGUCGAAGCCUUCGCCCAAAUCGCCGGAGAAAGGCCAUCGGUUUGCAUUCCUCGAAGCACUUACCCGGAAGAGCUCCUUGCCUGUCGGGGACCUGCAGUCUGCGUGGGAUUGUCAGCUGAGCUCGACGCAUGUCCGGCAGCAGCUCGAGGGACUGUAUGUUUUUGCGGAAAACAUUGGAUGGCCGAGAAUCGCUGAGUUGAAGACUACCAUGGAAGUCAAACUUGGAGAUUGCACGAGCCCGGUGCUGCCGGCGUUGAUCGUUGACAGGUGGGGUCAGGGAAACAUUUCCCUGACCCCGUCACUGGCCAGGGCAGAUAUGUACACGCGAGACCCCUGUCGGCGCCGCGUGAAGCUUAAUGGCUCCGAUCCGACACAGCCUCAGUCCCUAGGCUGGAUCUCGCGCACAUGGCUCUCUGGUUUCGUGAUUCCCGGUGAGGGAAUUAGCCAUCUGCUGAUGGCGACGAUCUUGGAGAACGAUGUCGCGGCUCUCGAUCAACUGGGUACGACUGCUAGUCUGUAUGGAGGGUUCACCCUUGGUGAGCGGAGCUGGUGGAGCAAAGCCUGCAUCAUUGGACGUGUCUUGUCCAGUUUGACUGGAGCUAGUACAUGCAUGGGGUGGAUUGGCAGUGACAUGGUCCCUCGCCAUGCGACUACACUGGAGAUUCUCGAGAGUGGCUGGUUCGAGCUCACUGUCGAAGAGGUUCAGCGGUGUUCGAGCAAACCCCGAAUCAAGCAGGGCGCUAGGCUCGCCUUGGAAUCAUCUCCAUUAGGCACCGCAGACAUCACCGCCGAGGCCUUUACACUCCCCAGAGACCCCGAGCCAAGCCCAGCCUGCAGGGUGGCAACCCAAUCUCUCACACUUUCAACCAAUGAGGCGUCGCAAGAGAAAGGUGUCUUAGUUGCCCACGAGGCUUCUAUCUCGUUCUCUAUCGCGAGCUCCGUGGAUGAGCCAAUUACAGUGUCCUUCCCCCUGAAAUACAACGUGCGCUUCGUCUCCGCCCACCAAUGUUGUCCGCCGCUGGGAGUCUUUCACCGAGGCUACGAUCAGAAGGAAUCGCACGCAUCCACAAAGUAUACCAGAUUGACAGGACAUCCUUUGCACCAGUCAUAUCCAUACGAGUACGUGCCAUUGGGGUUACUCGCCACUACCUCGGCACCCCCACCAUCACAAGACACCGAGACAUUCCCGGAGAUUAUGGUCAUUGAUGCGCGCGGCGACCGAGAUAGAGAGACCUUUGCGCGGGCGUGGUGUGCUUAUGUUGGUUGUCAUGCCAUCAUCGGUCGAUGUGGGCGAACCUGUGUCGCAUGUUGUAUCAGACAAGCCCGUGCUGUCGAUGUACGGGUAGUCGUGCGCGUAAGCGAUUAA